CUGCGUCAUUUUCUGCUGCGAGAAACACUCUCCGUGUCCCGCGAUUCUCAUAACUGAAUUCAUACACCAUUUUUUGCUUCGUCGAUGGCAGCUGCCGAAGAUUGCUGUGUCAAAGUCGCAGUCCACGUCAGGCCGCUCAUCGCACUCGAGAAGCUACAGGGUUGUAACGAUUGCGUCUCCGUACUACCCGGGAAUCCGCAGGUCCAAAUUGGCUCCCAUUCAUUUACAUUUGAUCAUGUUUAUGGAAGUACUGGUUCUCCUGCAGCGUCAAUGUAUGACGAAUGUGUAGCUCCUUUGGUUGAUGGUCUAUUUCAAGGUUAUAAUGCUACUGUUCUUGCCUAUGGACAGACAGGGUCUGGUAAAACAUAUACCAUGGGUACUAGUCUCAAAGACGGAUGUCAAACAGGAUUAAUUCCCAAAGUUAUGAAUGCAUUAUUCCGCAAGAUUGAAAGCCAGAAGGGUGAUACUGAAGUUCAACUGCAUGUUUCCUUCAUUGAGAUUCACAAGGAGGAAGUAAGAGAUCUCUUAGACCCUAGUUCUUCCAGCAAGCAAGAGACAGCAAAUGGAAAUGCUGCAAAGAUAACUACCACUGGGAAACCGCCAAUUCAAAUCCGUGAAACAUCAAAUGGUGUGAUUACACUAGCAGGAUCAACCGAAUGCAGUGUGAAAACUCUCAAAGAAAUGGCUGAUUGUCUGGAGCAAGGAUCACUAAGCAGGGCAACCGGGAGUACAAACAUGAAUAACCAAUCGAGCCGCUCUCAUGCCAUCUUCACCAUUACAAUGGAGCAGAUGCGCAGGCUUCAUCCGGGCGAUCCUAGUGCCAGCAAUCGGAGUGAUUGUAUGACAGAAGAAUAUCUAUGUGCCAAGUUGCAUUUGGUGGAUCUUGCUGGAUCAGAGCGUGCCAAGAGAACAGGCUCUGGUGGUCAACGUUUUAAGGAAGGAGUUCACAUCAACAAAGGUCUUCUUGCGCUUGGCAAUGUUAUAAGUGCACUUGGCGAUGAUAAAAAACGGAAAGAAGGUCUUCAUGUUCCGUAUCGAGACAGCAAACUUACACGGCUUCUGCAGGAUUCUCUUGGUGGGAACAGCAGAACAAUAAUGCUAGCAUGCAUCAGUCCCGCAGAUAUAAAUGCGGAAGAAACUCUCAACACUCUCAAGUAUGCUAACCGUGCUCGUAAUAUCCAAAACAAACCAGUUAUUAACAGAGAUCCAGUAUCCAGCGAAAUGCUGAAGAUGCGUCAACAGUUAGAAUAUCUGCAUGCAGAACUCAAUGCACGUGGGGGUGGAGUAUCAUUUGAUGAAUUACAGGUUCUUAAGGAUAGGAUUGCUUGGCUUGAGUCCACUAAUGAGGAGUUGUCUCAUGAACUUAGUCUGUUUCGUAAUGGAGAUGGCCACGUUAAGCAACAUGAAGCAAGAACUAAAGUCCGCAAAAGUGGUGCCACCAAAAACGAAGGUCUCAAGAGGGGGUUGCAGACUAUGGAGUCCUGUGAUUAUCAAAUGAGUGAAAGCAGUGAUCCUGGAGAUGUCGAUGAAGACACAGCAAAAGAAUUGGAUCAUACCUACUUCCAGAAUAAUAUGGAUAAAGAAUUGAACGAGUUAAAUCGAGAACUAGAGCAAAAAGAGUCACAGAUGAGACUUUUUGGAGGCUAUGACACUAUUUCUCUAAAACAACACUUUGGAAAGAAAAUUUUGGAACUUGAGGAAGAGAAAAGGACUGUGCAGCGAGAGAGGGAUCAUCUGUUGGCAGAAGUUGAAAAUCUUUCAGCUACUUCUGACGGAUAUGCACAAAAACUGCGAGACGCUCAUGCCCAGAAGCUAAAAGCGCUUGAAACCCAGAUACAAGAACUUAAGAAGAAACAAGAGAAUCAGGUUCAACUUAUAAAACAGAAACAGAAGAGUGACGAUGUGGCUAAAAAGUUAAAGGAGGAAAUACAAUGCAUGAAGGCACAAAAGGUUCAAUUGCAGCAUAAGAUAAAGCAAGAAGCAGAGAAUUUUCGACAGUGGAAGGCAACUCGAGAAAAAGAAUUGCUACAGUUAAAGAAGGUGGGUAGAAGAAAUGAGUACGAGAGACAUAAAUUGCAAGCUCUGAAUCAGCGCCAGAAAAUGGUUCUCCAAAGAAAAACUGAGGAAGCUGCAAUGGCUACAAAGAGGUUAAAAGAAUUGCUCGAAAUUCGGAAAUGUUCAACUCGGGAAAACUUUGUUAAUGGUAAUGGAAAUGGAAUGAGUGGCCAGAGCAAUGAAAAACCUUCACAGCGAUGGCUUGAUCAUGAACUAGAAGUAAUGGUCAAUGUUCAUCAAGUUCGUUACGAAUACGAGAAGCAAAGUCAAGUAAAAGCUGCAUUGGCAGAAGAGUUGGCUGUUUUGAGACAAGUUGGCGAAAUUGUUUCCAAGGGUGUCAGCCCUUCUAGACAAAAAAAUGGUGCUUCCAGGGUAUCUUUGAUGUCACCAACUGCAAGAAUGUCAAGAAUUGCAUCUCUUGAAAGCAUGCUGAGUAUUUCAUCAAAUUCACUCAUUGCAAUGGCUUCACAGUUGUCAGAAGCUGAAGAACGUGAGCGUAGCAUCAGUAGUCGUGGACGCUGGAACCAGCUCCGUUCUAUAGGGGAUGCCAAGAACCUACUCCAGUAUAUGUUCAAUCAUCUCAGUGAUGCAAGGUGCCAACUUUGGGAAAAGGGCACAGAAACGAAAGAGAUGAAAGAGCAGAUCAAGGAACUCAUAGUCUUAUUACGGCAAAGUGAACUCAGACGAAAGGAAGUUGAAAAGGAACUGAAAAACAAAGAUCAAGCUGCUUCUGUUGCAAUGGCGACAACUCCCUCAGCGAAGUCUCACAAGCACAAUGCCGAUGAGAUGAGUGCUCCUCUGUCCCCAGUUUCAGCUCCGGCACAAAAACAGCUCAAAUACACAGCAGGAAUCUCUAAUGGGAAGCUGAGGGAAAUAGCAGCAUUCACGGGUCGAUCACAAAAGACAGAUCAGUUGUCUACGAAGAAACUAGCAGUCGUGGGACACGGUGGGAAACUAUGGAGAUGGAAAAGGAGUCAUCAUCAGUGGCUCUUACAAUUCAAAUGGAGAUGGCAGAAACCAUGGAGACUUUCAGAGUCAAUCAAACGCAAUGAUGAGAUGAUCAUGAGGGGCAGGCCCCGACCAGCUCCCUCCGAUGCUGUGUAUAGAAGCGGCCGCUAGCUUUGUAUAUCCCAAUGACGUAUAUAUGCUCCAGCUACAACACACGGUGCAAGGCUGGGCAAUGGAAUAAGUAGAGAUGAAAUUCAUUCUUUCUCUAUUCCUUUGACAUUUAGUCUUCCUGAUGAUUUGUCAACCUCAUUCUGCAUUGAAAAAUGCAGGUAUGGCUACUUCUAUGAGGUGAUGCCAUUGUUAAAUACAUCUCACCUUCACCAUUUUCUUCAACUCGAAGCAUCUGGUGUCAGAUCCUCAUUCUUGUAUAUAGUUUUAGGUUUGUGGAUAUUGUAUUCAUUUUGUUAAAAGAGGUAUAGUUCAAAUGCUA